UUAACUUUCUGUAACCUGCUUCACGGGGGCAACGGGAGGACGCCAUCGAAAAGUUUGCCUUUUGCCACCAACAGUAUCCGUGAGGGAUAAUAGCACACGGAUCCCAGCCAAAAAGAUCAGUUUUUUGGGCAUCAAUGGCGGAUGCACACAACUGCUCUGAGCCGGAGAGCAGCGCCCACUCGAUGUCUUCUUCCGUAUCCUCCAUCACCACCUCCUCGUCCCCGUCUCCGGUGCUUUCGGCUACGGAUGCAUUGAACCAGACGACGGCCACCUCUGCCGCGGCGAGGAAGACCGGAGGGGGCACGAAGCGGGCGCGGGACGGGAGUCAGCAACCGGCGUACCGCGGCGUCCGGAUGCGGAGCUGGGGGAAGUGGGUGUCGGAGAUCCGGGAGCCGCGCAAGAAGUCGCGCAUCUGGCUGGGCACGUUCCCGACGCCGGAGAUGGCAGCGCGGGCGCACGACGUGGCCGCUCUCAACAUCAAAGGAACCGCCGCGGUCCUCAACUUCCCGGAGCUCGCCGCCUCCCUUCCCCGCCCAACCACUCUCUCCCCGCGCGACGUCCAGGCCGCCGCCGCCAUGGCCGCCGCCAUGGACCCGGCCCCAACUCCAGCGGCGCCCGAGGAUGAUGAUCCGGACACUUCCGACGAGCUCGGGGAGAUAGUGGAGCUACCGCGUCUUGACGGGUGCCUCCUCGACUCAGCCCAUUCAAGGGGCGAGUUCGUGUUCCACGACGCGGCCUACUCGUGGUCCCCGUGGGUGGAGACCGAGUUGUGUCUCGAGCCCGACCAGAUGUGGCCGCCAUUGGAUCCCACCGGCUUCGAAGCUCUUCUCUGGGACUAUUAAGCCUCAAUCAUACUCUCUCUCUCUCUCUAGUCACUAAUGCCCUCUAAUUUUGUAUUGGGCUGAAGAGCUUUUCUUCCUCCUUUCCUUCCUUUCUCUCUCUCUCUCUCUCUCCAGUCAAUCUUGUCUCUUCCUUGUGUGUGUUUUCCUGAGUUUUUUGUGGGUAAAAUCGAUCUGUACAGUGCUCUUGAAAACGAGUGUAGAAAAACAAAAAUGCUGUCA